GACGAACUCAUUUGCGAGGGCAGCGGGCUCGGCGAGUACCGAGGAGCGCGUCGUCUCGGCGCUUCAGCAAAGCACGAGCCUGAAGGCGUUGACCUUCAACAGCCUAUUUUGCGGCUACAGAUGGAUCCAAGAUGACAUGUUCCGUGCAAUCGCCACGAUGACCAACCUGCAUGAACUGGUUAUCACGGGCACCGGCGCAGCACCCUUGGUCCUGCUGGAAGCGCUUUGUACGCUCCUGCUGGACACGACGAGUCUCACCACUCUCUCCAUGUCGGGACUCGUCAUCGACGCGGCACACAGGAUGCGCGUCGUCGCCUCCCUCCGGCACAACGUCACUAUCGAGAACCUGUCCUUGCACGGCAGCAUUGUGCACUCGUAUCUCUCGAACGGAGUCUCUGGGUUCACCGUUUUUCUGUCCAACAGCACGCGGCUGGGCUCUCUGAGCAUGGAAGUCGUAGAAUCGGACGCUGCCAAAACGCACAUGGACCUAAUGUGCGUGAUCCCGCCGCUCGUCGAUCGCGGCACUCUCUGGAAGCUCAAGCUUGCCGGCUUCCUCCUAAACGCCGACUGCGCGUGCCUGCUCGCUCAACUCGUGUCUCGGAAGGACGGGCUCCUCGAACACCUCGACAUCGGCGGCUGCUACUGGAGCGCGGAGGAGUCGCCGCCUGGGUCGUCUCGGGUCGAAGCUAGAACGACAGACUGGGAAGAACCGGAUCCCGCCAUCUCGAAACUCAUCUGUCCCUGGCUUCAGGCGUUCGACGACACCGCGCGUAUCGAACUCUCCUUCCUCGCCCUCAGUUUCGUGGGACUCCAGCCGGAGCACCUCGCAGCUCUCUUCAACACCGCCACCACCUUCCAAUACCUUGCGACCAUCUCGCUCAGAGACGUGGCGCUGCACGAAUUGAACGAGGUAUGCCGAAUCAUCCGGGAAACCGACAUGAGCGGCCGAGUUCGUAUAGAAGGCGAGUACCUUGUCGACUCGGCGGCGCUAAGCAUGCUCCACGAGUUUCCGGAAGGGUUGCGUCACGUGGCCGUCAGUUCGAUCUGCGAGCCGAGACCGGAGGUGUUUCAGAACACGGUCCGCCUGGCGUGCAGCUGGUACCAGGUGACUACGCUUCAUCUCUUCCUGACGCAGAAUGUCGUGGGUGACGUCGUCACGAUUCGCUCGUUGAGCAAGUACUUGGGCGUUGCUAUCCCACUGAGAGAGCUCGCACUGACGGGUUGUUACCAGCCAGACCUGAGUCUUUGUCUUCGAGGAGCUGGGACCUCUCGCACCGUUCUUCUCGAGGCCAUCUUCGAAAACCCGGGCAUCCAAGUGCUGCGAAUUGACGGGUUUCGUCUAGGCAGGGCCAACUUGUGCUUCUUAGCUUACGAGCUGGUCGCCAGCGAGACGCUGUGCGAAGUCUCUUUCGAAUCCCCGGACAGACUUGAGAACGAAGCGUUUGUCCAGCUCCUCGCUGCAGACGUCCGCGAGAACACGACCAUCUUGCGUUUGCAAGUCCUGGAAUCUGUGGACGGAGAAACGCAAGGCGAAAGGUUCGUCGUCGAAGAUGUUCUCGGUCGCAACCUCGGCUACCUAACCUGCGCGGCGCAUUUUGUAGUCGAGGAGGCCCGCUUGACGCGCUGCGCGGUAGCCUUCGCGACCGUCUCCUGCAGUCCAGCGCUGGUCGAGAAAGUCCAGAAACUCGCGUACGUGGACGGUGCUGAGGCGACAAACAUGAUUCGAAGAAUUCUGGAAUAGUCGCGCGAACCGGGCAAAGAAACUUUAGGGGUGUUUUGUUUUUAGCAAGAGCCGCGAGUAUUAAGACAAAGAGGAUAUCGAUGUUCUCUGCUGCUAUACGUAUAAACAUCAUUUAAUCACUUACCAUUUGAUUGUCUUUAGCGCUUACCUGUCUGCGUCCUCAUUUGUAUAUUGGCGCUAUCCUCGAGCGGUCUGUUUGUGUGCUGCCCUCUGUGGUCUGAGAUACUUAAAACCUCGGUACUCUUCGAUUCCACGAACCUGCGUUACUAGGAAGACAAGCGCCAUGAGUAUUUCAUCAGUAUUGUGUUUUAGUCUCAUACGUGUCUGUGUUUUUAUCAGUGUUGCGCGUGUUUAUCGAUAUUACCGGUUCGCCUGUUGUACCCCACACAGCUCAUUUUAGCUUUGACAGUGUCUCGGAGUAAAAAAAAAAAUCCUUGAAAUAAAUGCACUGAGUGCUCUUAAGAACG